AUGGCCUCCUUGCUGACUGGACUCUGGCAGCUAGUUAUUUCUGUGGUUGUCCUGUCUCAGCUCUCAGCAACGCUUCCUGCUCUGGAGAGGGCUCGGAGACAUGCCGACGGGGUAUUUAACAGUGAACUCAGCAAGAUGAAUGAAAAUGCCUAUGUGCAGAAAUUAGUCAAAUCUCUCGUGGGCCUCAAUCAAAGGUACCAGAGGCACUCUGAUGGCAUGUUCACCAGCGAACUCAGCAAGAUGAGAGGAAACGCUCAGGUUCAGAAACUAAUCAAGUCUCUGGUGGGCUACAAGCGCAGUGAUGAGGUGGACGGCUCUGAAGGAUUAAUCCAUACAGAUAUACCAAGGACACAUGAGACCGGCAGCUCUUACGAUGACUUUUGCUUCAUGUGGUUAUACCAGAGCUUUCUGAAUGAUAGCCUGUCAGAGAGUGAUGCAAGAGAAGCCACUCAGAUGACCGGCCAAUACAUUUGCCCAGCCUCCAAACCACUGAUUGAAGAGAUGAAGGAAGAAGUGUCUGUAUUGGACUAG